AUGAUUAAAGAGAAAGCUCAAGAAUGUGCAAGUAAGCUCCAUAUUGAUAAUUUUUCUGGCAGUAAUGGGUGGUUGGAAGGAUUUAAGAAAAGAAACGAUAUCGGAAUCAAAAAUGUUUGUGGCGAGAGCAGUUCUGUGGACAAUAAAGAAUGUAAUAAGUGGAUUAAAAACGUUCCAGCUUUAUUGCACGAUUAUUCCCCCGAUGAUAUAUUCAACGCCGAUGAAGCGUGCUUAUUCUACAAGUGUCUACCGGAUAAAACAAUUACGUUCAAAGGUCAGCCUUGCCAUGGUGAGGAGCUCAAUGAUGAUGACAUAGUUGCUAUGUAUUCUUCUUUAGACACAGAAGAAGAAGAAAGAAGAAGAAGAAGAAGAAGCAGAAGACUGUUAAGAGACUCCAGUGAAAAUUUCAAAUCGUGA